AAUUUUAAUUUGAUUUGCAUUUAUAACAAUGUGCUCUUAGACCGGGUAAUGUCGAGCGCUGUAUAAAUAUGGCAAUUAACAGUCGCUGAUUUUUAUGUAUCAGUAUGAAGGCAGGCACCACAUAGGCAGGGAUUUUUUUUGCAGAGCUCUGAAGACAGUUGGAAUAGUGAUGGCAUCCAACAUUAAAGAAGAAGCAUCAGAGAAAGAGUUGUCAGUCAACUGUGAAAAUACAGAUCAGGUGGACAAGAAGACUAUAAGCAGCAUCUGUGAUUCGGACGAAGACAAAGCAUCGUGUGGCGCCGGAUCACGUUCACCAUCCUGUAUGCAAAGAUGUGGGAAAGUUGGAUCAUUCACGAUCUCGGUGGGAUUGGCCUCCCUUUGUCUGCAAACAAUAACGGUUUAUCUAGCAUCUCAGAUAACCACUCUGGAGAAGGUGUUCAACAUCGACAGUACAACGAGUGGCAUCCUUCUGAGCUGCAAUGAUAUCGGCUACCUUUCCACAGUCUUGUUUACCAGCCACUUCCUCCGGAAGAGUAAUAUCCCGCGAGUGCUUGGCGUAAGUACGUUGGUUUAUGCACUAUCGGGAGUUCUUAGCGGGCUGUGUCAUUUCAUGGAUCCAGCGUCUUUGCCAAGAAGCAUCGGCAUGACAGGCAAUGUCACCAACGCGACUGACGCAGGGGAUUGGGAGAAGUAUCUGUGCAGUCAAUCCGGGUGGGAGAGUAGGCAGAAUGAUACGUGUGAGGGUGGAUCUGCUGGACCCCUCGGGUCGGAGAAGCGAUUGGCGCUGUGGUUUCUCGCAUUGACGCUGGUGGUACAGGGGUUAGCUAAAUCUCCCAGGACCCCUCUGUCAUCAGAGUAUAUUGACAACAGUGUGACUGAUAGAAGAAGAACGGGGCUGUUUCUAGGGGGACUUAUAUCAAUUACAAUGUUCGGACCAGCGUUGGCAUUUUCCCUUGGAGGCGUCUUUUCUCAAAUCCCAGUUGAUUUGUCUCCUACUUCUCUGACCCCACAGGAUCCAAGAUGGCUUGGUGCCUGGUGGCUCGGAUUUAUUGUUUUCGGUGGUGUGUCGGUCGUCACGGCAGUGCCAUUGUUCUUCUUUCCGAAAAGGAUAAAAGGCCGACAUAUUGUCCUAUCAGAUGAUGACAAGACACAAUCAUUUUGUGACAAAGUAAAAGAUUUCCCGCUGUCGUUGUUUCGGGUGGUGAGUCAACCAGUCUACACUUUAAACAACAUCUCCAUGGCGUGCGCGUCGAUUGCUGCAGCGGGGCUAAUCUCAUUUGGCGCCAAGUAUCUCGAAACAGUCUUCAACAUCCCUUCCUGGAAGUCCAACCUGUUUAUAGGUGUCAUCGUGCUGAUAACAACAAUUUCUGGAACGUUUCUCGGAGGUUUCAUUGCAAUGCAUUUCAAGUUAGACAGAAGUGGCUGUCUCAAAGUAAUUAUCGGGACCUUCUUUCUCGCUACUCUUGUUGAGUGCCUAAACUUCCAAUUUGGCUGUGACAACCAAACGAUACGCGGACUUAGACGGGGAAACCAAGAGAGGGUUGUGUUUGAUGACGGUCUGAAUACGUGUGACUGUCUCAACGUCCGCUUUCUUCCCGUCUGCAGCGGCAACGUCACGUUCUUCUCACCAUGUCAUGCGGGGUGUCGCAACCAGACUGACACUACUUACGGAGGUUGUUUGUCUGCUGGAGGCGGCUCUGUAAGCCCCAGCUUCUGUGAAUCGGGAUGUCCCUACCUCUACCCCUACGUUGCCACUACGGCUGUUUACGCUUUGGCUGGAAGUACUGCGAUCAUCCCCAUGUAUCUUGUCCUAAUACGAAGUGUGGCGGAGAAAGACAAGUCAAUGGCAAUAGGACUAUUCAGUUUUUCAGUGUCUGUUUUUGCCUUCAUCCCAGGCCCUAUUGUGUACGGGAAGAUUAUCGACACCACGUGUAUUAUCUGGAAUUACGCAUGCGGCAAGCGUGGAUCAUGUGCACUCCAUGACCUUGUAGAUCUACGAAUGAAAAUUACAGGAAUGAAUUUAUGCGCCCGCUCGGUUUGUAUUGUGUUGAGUGUCAUAGCACUGUUGCUUCUGAAGCGGAGGAAUAAGAAACCAGAAAACUCAAAGAAACUCGAGUCAGAGACAGCGUCGUCUGAAAUGUAGCACUCCCAUCGGGAUUUAGUAUUCUGAUAGUAUACCAUCAGCUGAAGUUCAGUAUGAUUUAGGUGAUCGUUCAAACUGUUUCAGUACGGGAUAUAAUACAAUCAAAUGAGUUUCUACAUUCAAUAUAGUACCAUCCAUGGGGUGUCUGUAUACGAUAUAGUACCAUUCAUACGGUUUCAGUACGUUACAAUCAAUAGGGUUUCUGUAUGCAGCAUGGUAACGUCUAUAUGGUUUCUGUAUGAGAUAGGUACCAUUAAUGGGGUUUUAGUAUGAGAGACAGAACCAUCCAUAUGGUUUCAGUAUGACAUAUACUCCCAUCCACGGGGUUUCGAACGGAGAUUAUUUUGGCACCCAUAUUGUUUCAAUGUGAAAAGUUGCAGUUUGUGCUGAGAUGUAGUAUCAUGCAAUGAGUGGUCAGGUUUGGACUUGGGACAUGAUCAAAUUUAUAAUUAUGACUAAAGAAAAACACGAGUACUAACUUCACUUCAAGCCAGUUAAGUAUUGUAUGGUAUUUCUAAGGCGCUGUAUGUUGUAACAUCCAUCCCAUUAAAUAUGUUUCUUGACAUGAUUUAAACCAUAUAUGUGUAAUGCUCCAAUGUUCUCCUCACAUUUCAUGAAUAAACGAAU